AUGUCAGACGAAAAACAGUGGAUUGAAGUUUUCCACACAAUAGACAAAGACAAAAAUGGGUUUCUGACACGUGAAGAAAUUGCUCAAUGCUUAAAAGAAAUAAAUGUUAGUCCAGAUGUAGCAGAUAAAAUGAUCAAGGCAACUGAUGUGAAUAGCGAUGGAAAAAUUUCUUUAGAAGAGUAUUUAAAUUCGCUAAGAAAAUACUGUCAACAAGAAAAGUGUUCAAGUGUUCAACGCUGGAAAGAAAUCUUUCAGUCUAUGGACAAAGACGGAUCAGGAAAAGUUUCGUUUAAAGAACUGGACGAGUAUUUAAAAGCCUCCAAAUCUGAUGUGGACAAAGAUAGUUUACUAAAUUGGAUGAAACAAACAGACAAAAACAAGGAUGGUGAAAUAGAUUAUGAUGAGUUUUUAGCUUAUGUACGUGAGAGAAAUAAGUAA